AGCCUGCUCCGGCUCCUUCCCACUUCUGCUCAUCAGGAUGUGCCAAGGGGAGAGGGACGCGCCACUUGACCCUGCCUGGAGUGGCUGCCCAUAGCCCUGCUGCUUCAGUCUCCCAGUGCUGCGUUAUGUGUUAGUGUUACGCCAGAGCUUUGGAUCUUUGAAAUGUGUUAUAAUCGAUGUAAGGCAAAAGUGGCACUUGGUGUGGUAUAGAUAGUGCAUAAAUAUCCUUCUUGCUGUCUGCACUGAGGAUAAAGAGGAUAAUAACCGUACCAGCUUCACCAACCCAUGGAGAGAACAGCUGAAGAGAGCCUGUGAAAUUGCUAUGAUGAAUAGCAGAAGAAGGGAAGGUUUCUUGCAGCGAGAGAGAUCUGAGCAGCACUUCAGGCCAGAAGGCAAAGCUCCAAAAAAGGCAAAGAAGAAGAUAGAAGGUGGUUCCAAUGUAUUCUCUAUGUUUGAACAAACCCAGAUCCAGGAGUUCAAAGAAGCUUUUACCAUCAUGGAUCAGAACAGGGAUGGCUUUAUUGACAAAGCAGACUUGAGAGACACAUUUGCUGCGCUAGGUCGUCUGAAUGUCAAGAAUGAAGAGCUAGAAGAAAUGGUGAAGGAGGCGCCAGGUCCCAUUAACUUCACUGUCUUUCUUACGAUGUUUGGGGAAAAACUGAAAGGCACGGACCCAGAAGAAACCAUUCUGAACGCUUUUAAGAUUUUUGACCCAGAAGGAAAAGGCCACAUAAAGGCAGACUACAUCAAAGAAAUGCUUAUGACACAAGCAGACCGGUUCAGUCAAGAAGAGAUCAACCAGAUGUUUGCUGCUUUCCCUCCAGAUGUCUCUGGUAAUCUUGACUAUAAGAACCUCUGUUACGUUAUCACCCAUGGUGAAGAGAAAGACUAAAACGAAAGAUGAGCUUCUCCUGUGAUGAUGCACCAAGUUAUUUCAUUGUGCUUUUCUGUGCAAGACAAAAGGCUGAACAUUCAGUAUGUGAAGCCAUGUGGUCAUCAGAAGAGAACCAAUAAAACAAGUGAAAUUAGAUUAAAGUUGUUUAAUGCCCCUGUUUUUAUAAAAGAUGAAAAUACCAAUUUUUUGUGAGUUUUUUCCCAUCCUUUUUUUUCGUCAGUGGUUUGAAAUGGAAUUUUCUUGAU